AUGUCGCAAGCAGAAAUAUCUCAGCCCCUUGGGCAUGUUAACACAUCGCCAGCACAUGAGCUCAGUUCCUCCGAGAUCUGCGAACCUGAGGACACCACGACUUUGCGAGCGUGUACUCCAGAUACACAAGAUGUAAUGGACCACAUCACUGCAUAUAUCGGAUACACAACCCCGGCUGCAUCUCCCGCCCGCACGGCGUUCACUACUGUCCCCUCGAGCUCACCCUAUUCCAUCCUUACUUCACCAUCUGGUCUCUGGAAGCAACGAGAAGUUUCUGCAUCGCCCCCGUUGGGCUCCCCUUGCGCGCGUGGAGUUACUCCACCUAUCGAAGCUCCUCUACCUAUGCUUUUCACGCCGUCCACUCACAUACCUGUCCUGCCUCGACUGUUCCCAUCUCCAUCUGGAACUUCAGCUUCUCGAGGAGUGUACAAAGUGGCCGCUCGAGCACGCUAUCCAGACCUGGACUCACCGUCAUCAAGGUACUGGAAUUACAUCACGUUCUCGCAGGAAGUCAGCUAUCGGGACUUCACGUUUGACAUAGAUGGCUCAGAGGCUGCGAAAAUAGCGGAAUGA